AUGUAUGGCGAGAAGCUGAGCAGCUGGGGCAUGGAGGUACACCCAGCGUUCGACCACCACGCUCUCCUGUGCUACGACGACAAACCCCCGUCGGAAACGACUGCCGUGCCCCCGGUUGCGGUAUCGAUGCCGCCUCCGCCGAACAUUUGCGUGGAGGCGGGCAGGAUCCAGUUCGUGAGGCGCGAGGAAGAGGGCGCUACGGUCGCGGAGGCGGCAGCCGGCAGUUUACAAGCGGUGCCUCGGGUUACCGUCACCAGAGGGCUGCAGACGGAUGAUUUUCAGAUGUUCGGUGAUGCGGUGAAUGGCGGGGAGGAGGAGGAGGAGGAAGUUGGCCAGGUACAGGUAGGUGGUUGA